AUGCUUCCUGGGCCUAUCACCAAACUUGCGAAACUCGAUCAGCGGAAGUUCGUUCCAAAGCUUUGGCGAAGGGGUGAAGAUACCCCGGAAAGGGAAGGCCUACAAAAGACAGCAAAUGCUGUUUGUGACAAGUGCGAGAUUGGGACAUCGAUGAAAGACGAGCUACUCAGCUCAGACCCAACCUCCAAGAAAACACAGGCGUAUCUCAGAUGUCUUACACAACAAAUAAGCUUGUAG